GUUUACAAAAUCGGCUAUAUUUCAAAAUAGUGCCAUCAAAAGUGGCUACUUUGGUGCCACUCUUACCUUACCAUGCGGAUGAUUAGGCCCGACCCUACCUCUGGCCCAAACCCUAGACUUGCUCUUUAGCCAAGCCACAAUAUAGUACAACCAUCAGAGAAACUCGAGAAGUAGGAGAGACGACUGAAAAUACAACUUCUCCGGCGCCGUCCAAGGCCUACAAAUUCUCGGAAGCUCCUCGUGUCUGCAAUUUUUUUCCAACUUCCAAAUGAGGUUGUUAACUCAUAAUAUGUUAUCAUCCAACAUCAAGGGUGUCGCAAAUGGAUUUCCGUUGAAGAUCGACGUUGUGAAAGUGGUAGAGAAAGAGGUCGAUUUUAAUAUCGACUUCCUCAAGAACAUGUUCCAUAAAGUUGAAUGGAAGGCACUGGCGGAAGCUUCUAGAACCAUGGGUUACGCCGAACUGCCCGAAACUGCUGAUGCCGCAAUGCUCGAUUCAGAUGAUUUUCUUCAUAAGUUCCAUCAUGCCCUCCUUGAGCUUCAUCUUGAAGAGGGUGCCUUGGUUUGUCCAGAGACUGGCCGGAAAUUUCUUGUCAAUAAAGGCAUUCCUAAUAUGCUUCUUCAUGAAGACGAGGUCUGAUUAUCUUUUUCAUUUUUUGGGUUAUUAAUGUGUUUUGGUUUGGAAAUGGCGACUAGGGUUCUUGAUACUACGGUUUAAGGGGUUUGUUAUGAUAUACCAUUUUGACUGUAAUGCUAUUAUUGGAAGACAUUGUCGACAUUAAGGAGUAAUCAUUAGAACUUCUUUGUUGCACCA